GCAAUGUAUGAACAGCAACAAGGUGUGUAAUUACGAUGAUGUCCACAACAGUUACUGUUAGAAGCAGCUAGAACGGUUUUUAAAUGAGUUACCGGCGCAACGUCUGGUGAAAUGGGUUUUAUAUCAGCUUUUGUCCUCGCUGUGGGAUUAGCAACAUGCCUACCCAUUUUUACAGCUGGAAUCAAGUGCCUCCAGUGUAACGUCUUUGUCCGAGGAAGCACCAACACGUGCGACAAUCCCAGCACGCAAACUGGAUGUUACAGCUGUCUGAAGACACUCACGAAAAUCAAAAUGCAUGACCGCUGGGGAGUGCAGAAAAUUUCCGCCGUGAUUUCUAGAUACUGUAUCAGAGAGGUAUCGUCUGCUCUUUACAGGGAUGAAGGGUGUUACAAACACCCCAACAACGGCGGCUACACGGAGCGAUGCUACUGCUACAGCAACAACUGCAACUCGGGGAUGACGCUGAGGCCGCAGUGGAUGUCACUGUGUAUCGUACUGUCGACCGCAAUGUUCUUUGGAGGAGUGUUUCGUUAAAACUGGUGCUAUACGACUUGUUGGGGAACAGGCUACAAGGAACAGCCACGAAGCUAAUGGGGUGGGGAUAAUUAGGGAUCUCCAGACCCCUUUAAGCCUCCAGAAGUGUUUGGGUCAAACACUGCCUUGCCAGUGUCAAGUUUGACGAAAUAUGGAAUAUGGCGGGUCUCUGUAAUAUGACAACAAACUAUUGCUAAGUCAGUCUAUAAAUGUAAGAAGACGCUGUUAAUAGGGACUACUACAUAUACGGUUUGUGAUAUAAUUAUGAUAUAAUAUGUCACAACAUUCUACAUAACAUUUUAAAACUAAAUCUGUUGAUUAACACUGCCUCCCCAUCCCGGGAUUCUCGAUUGAGGAAUACAAAUUAAGUGUUCAAAGUGUGCAGUUUUGAGAUAAUCAAAAUGAUCAAACCAAAACCAAAUAGUCAGUCGUUUGAUUGGCUGGAAUGGGAGUGACGUGUAUCGGGGCUGAGUCAGUCCAGCCAAACAGAACAAUCCAACGUUUGCUAUAAGUAUAAAUAUUUAUGUUAUUCGCGUUAAACUGAAUAACCAUAUCGCCUGCG